AUGCAGCGCCGCACUCGAUCCACGCUCGGUGCUCCUGGGACAGCUAGUAGUAAUUAUUCGACAUCCUGGUCUACUCAUGACGACAACAUCCUCAUGAAUGCCCGUGCUCGAAGCCAUGGGUGGAGUCAGAUUCAGAAGGAGCAUUUCCCGCUCAAGACGCCCAACGCGUGCCGGAAACGGUACGAGCGGCUUGUCGCGAAGAAACGAGGGCCCGACUGGGACCCCGAGAAGCUCGAGAGGCUCAGCAGGGAAUACUGCCAGCUGCGAGAGCAGACCUGGAAACCUCUGGCCGAUGCCAUGGGCGAGAAGUGGCAGGAUGUCGAGAAAGUGUGCUUUGACAAGGGCCUCAGGUCUUUACUCGUUGCCAGCCGCUCCUGCAAGGGAGAUCCUCCCAAGAAAGGUACUACUUCUGAUGAGACCUCCCGCAGUGAUCCGUCCUCGGACCUUGCCAGUCAAGGUAGGACGGACAGGAUGAAGAUCGGUCUGAAAGACAUUCUCGCAGAAGUCGCAGAAGAUUGA